AUGAAAGGCGGUUCGCUUGUUGCUCUGGCCGUCGGCCUUUGCUUGAUUGGCACUGAGGCUAUUCAGCUCAUUGAACGAGACAAUCCAGCUGUCUUUGGCUUGGAUAUUCAAAGGCGUACCGUCUCGAAUCCCGCGCAGAGAGAUCGAUUACGCCGAAGAGAUACAACGACCGUGUCGGAAACGCUUGACAACGAGGAGACAUUGUAUUUUGCAAAUGUCAGUAUUGGAACGCCGGCACAAACUCUGAGACUCCACAUCGACACCGGCAGCAGCGACCUUUGGACAAAUUCUGCCGAAUCAUCAUUAUGCAAAAGUAAAGGCGAUCAGUGUGCCCAGUCCGGCACAUACAAUGCCAACCACUCUACAACAUACCAUUAUGUUUCGAGCGAUUUCCAGAUACAAUAUGCCGACAGCUCUGGAGCAGAAGGCGACUAUGCUACGGAUACUCUACACAUUGGGGGCGCCGACGUGACGGAUCUUCAGUUUGGCAUUGGCUAUGUUUCAUCCUCAGCUCAGGGCAUUCUGGGUAUUGGUUACCCCAUCAAUGAGGUCCAAGUUAACGUCGCCCAACAACAGCCUUACCCCAACCUGCCGCAACUCUUGGCAAACAAGGGAAUGAUCAACUCGAAUGCUUACAGUCUGUGGUUGAACGACCUCGACUCUUCAGAGGGCGCUAUUCUUUUUGGCGGAGUCAAUACGGCCAAAUAUACUGGGGAACUCUCCACGGUCCCUGUUAUCAAGGAGGACGGCUUCUAUCAAGAGUUUCUCAUUGGAUUGACUGGAGUAAGCAUCACAGAGAGUGGCAAGAAAACAACCUUGACCGCCUCUGGAACUGCUGUGGGUGUCCUCCUCGAUUCCGGAAGCAGUCUCAGCUACCUUCCCAACGAUGUGACCGAGGAGAUUUAUAAUGCCGUCGGCGCGACCGAGGAUCAGGGUGUUGCUUUUGUUCCGUGUUCACUGGCGGGCAAUGACACCACCAUUGAUUAUACCUUCAGCUCACCCACGAUCUCCGUGUCCAUGGAUGAGCUUGUUCUCGACGCUGGCACUGAUGACCAGGGCAACCCACUCACCUUCAAAGAUGGGACUCCGGCCUGCCUGUUUGGCAUCGCCAAAGCCGACAAUAGCACUCUUGUCCUCGGCGACACCUUUAUUCGCAGCGCCUACAUUGUUUACGAUCUCACCAAUAAUGAAAUCUCGCUGGCUCAAACCAAGUUCAACACGACCGACAACAAUAUCCAAGAGAUUAGCAACUCAACUGGCGUGCCCGGUGCAACCAAAGUGACCGGCGCCGUCACCAGCGUAGCCGUGCAAACUGGCGGUGCUCGCAUUGGAAACCCCACUGGCUCCGGCACAAUCUCUGGCCCAACCGCUACUGCCACCCACAAGAGUGGCGCCGAAUCGACAAGAGUGCCUCUUGCUCUGGCAGCUGGAUUCGUGGCAGCCGGUUUGGCCUUGGCUGUCUAA